CAAAACUGAACCACACAAUUCUAAACUUCGAGAGAAUUUUCAUUUUAGUCAUUUUACAUCGUUUGAAAAGCUGAUUUCAGCGGACAAAAUGGCUGGAAACAUCGAACACCACAUUCAAAACACCGUGCUUCAAGCCACAAAGGUUAUGGAAGAGCAGAUCGAUUCAGAGCUUGACAAACUGGACCGCAUGACGACAGAUGAAAUGGAAGAGCUUCGAGAAAAACGGUUGGAGCAACUGAAAAAGCAAGAGCAACAAAAACGGGAGUGGCUUCAUAAAGGGCAUGGCCAGUACACCGAGAUUCCAGGAGAGAAAGAGUUCUUUAAAGAAACAAAAGACAGCCCUAGAGUCGUUUGCCAUUUCUAUCGCGAUAGCACAUUUCGCUGCAAGAUCGUGGACAAACAUCUCUCUCUGUUGGCGCCCAGACACAUCGAAACGAAAUUCGUCAAAGUCGACGCCCAACGCUGCCAUUUCUUAGUUGAAAGAUUGAAUGUGCGAGUCCUACCGACGAUACAGCUGGUCAAAGACGGAAAGUUGGUAGAUAAGAUCAUAGGAUUUGAUGAUUUAGGCGGCCAUGAUGAGUUCACUACAGAGAUGAUGGAGUGGAGAAUAGCGCAAUCUGGUGUGAUCAAUUACAGCGGAGACUUGAGUGUACGACCAGAUCAGGCCGCCAAGAAAAGUUCCACGACUAUACUGAAGAAAACCAUUAGAAGUAGGAGAGAUAUGGAUGAUGACGAAGACUCUGAAGAUGAUGACUAAACUUAGUAACUUGAUUACAUUUUUUAAGACUUACUAAACUAAAGGUGUUCUUACUCAGUAACUUAUAUAAGCUUAAGCUUUACAUACAGUGCAAAAGUAUUACUUAGACUAUCAAAAGGGAGGGUAAAGUUAUUAUUCUGACUUUGUGAUUGGUCGUAAAUGGCCCAUGAAUCAUAAACAACCCCUCUGUGAUUUGUGGUGAUUGAAACACAGUUGAACCUGCUCUCUUGAACUCUCAAGGAAAAAAAUAGUUAACAAUUAUUCCUUGAGCACACGAUGGAUAUGAGAUGGGAGGUAGCUAACUUGGUGCUAUGAACCUCAUUGAUUAUAAUCAUCUCAUAUCCAAUAAGCACGAGUGGAAUAAUUGUUUUAUUUAAAAUUUCCCCAAAAUAUAGAAAAUGCCCACAAAAAUUAUGCGUACAUGUACCAUAUUUGUAGAGCAUGGUACAGUGGUUCAUAUACCCAGAAGGGAGGGUGGUGGGGGGAGACUCUGAUAUAAAAACGAUGGGGUGCUUGUCGUACCUUUUACUUUUAGGACUUAAAAAAGGCAGUUUUGGUUCCUCUUAGGGUGUUCAGCCUCAAGAGUUCCAUAGCAGGAGCUUUUGCAGG